AUGGCAUCCAUUCUUCGUAUUCCCGAGAAAUCAGGAAGUGAAAUUCUUUUAACUUACAAGUUAACAAAAUCUGAUGCUAAGCUUGAGACAGCUACUGAACUUUCUUUCGAAAUUGAUGGUGAAAAAUUAGAUACUCCUAAUACCAUCAUUAAAGCUAUUGUUUCUAAGUCUAAGCCUGAAUUAUUAGGUGCUGAUAAGGCUGAACAAGCACAGAUUGAAGAAUGGUUGUCUUUUACCAAUCAAUCUCUUCGAGGUGUUGGCAAAAAAGAAAUUGUAUCCAAUAUUGAGGUAAAUAAUAAAAUAUGUGUUAAAAAAAUAAAUGAACAUUUAAGCAACAAAACAUUCUUUGUCAAUAAUCGUUUAACUAUUGUUGAUGUUGUUAUUUUUGGUCUUCUUUAUGCUCAUAGUAAAAACAUCAAAGUAAACUCUGCUCCUAAUACUUUACGUUGGUUUGAUCUUAUUCAAAAUAUUGUCAUUAAAGCUAACAACUUGACUGAAGACUUCCCUCUUGUUGAAAUUAACCUUGAUAAUGUGCCUGAGCCUGCCGCUCCUGUUGUUGUUAAAAAGGGUGGUGAUGCUAAUGUUAAAAAGGGAAAUAAAAAAUCCGAAAAUACUGCAACCAAACCUAAAGACGAUAAUAAGAAGGAAGCUGCUGAAGGUGGUAUGGCUAAAAAGGAAAAGAAGAAGGCCGAAAAGAAGCCUACGCCCGCACCUGUUGAAACUGAUCAACCUGUCUUUUCUCGUAUUGAUAUUCGUGUUGGUUUUAUUAAAUCCUGUAAGAAGCAUGAAGGCGCUGAUUCACUUUAUGUUGAAGAAAUUGAUCUCGGUGAAGAAGAACCUAGAACGAUUGUUUCUGGUCUCGUUCGUUGGUAUCCCGUUGAGGAAAUGCAAAACCGUUAUGUUCUUGUUUUAGCCAACUUGAAGCCUGCUAGUAUGCGUGGUAUCAAAUCUUACGGUAUGGUUUUGUGUGCCUCUGCUCCUGAUGGCUCUGCUGUUGAAUUAUUAGGUCCUGUUGAUACAUCUAAGGUUAAACCUGGUGAUCGUGUUUAUGUUGAAGGACAUGAAGGAGAGCCUGAGAAGGUAUUAAAUCCCAAGAAGAAAUACUGGGAAACUGUUCAACCUGAACUUCAUACCAAUGAUGAUCUUGUUGCUUACUAUGGAGAUAAGCCUCUUCUUAUUAAGACUGCAUCUGGUGAAGCUAUUCAAUGUAAGGUUGCUACUGUCAAGAAUGGUGGUAUUAAAUAA